AUGUCCCUACAAACGCCCCGCGUCCUCCCCGCCCACCUACACGCCUUCCAUCCCUCCAGCGGUGGGCGCUCAACACACACCGUGCGCCUCCUGGGCACCGUGACCGCGCUCCGCGGUGAUACUGCGACUGUGACAUGCGGCGGCAACGGCGACGUCACACUCAUCCUGAAACCGGACUCCCACCUGCAAAUGGGCAAGUUGGUCGAGGUUGUGGGCAAAGUGGCUGACCUCGAGGGCGGGCAGGGCCUCGGUAUUCGGGUGUUGGGAACGACGGACUGGGGAAAUCCAAGUGAUUGUGAUUAUAAAAUCUACGAGCGAGUGGUCGAAUCCACCCAUCGCUUCAAGUCUAUCUUCUACGAUGCCGAGUGA